AUGAAGCCCACCAAUCCUCUUGUCAUCACUCUCAUUACUUCAGCCAUCUUGGCAACCACCACUCAAGGUCUACCCGCACCUGUAGGCUAUGCUCUCGAUCAUCAAAAUGCUGUUGGCGCUCUAGAUACUACCGUUGUUGGUGCACAAUUGUUGAAACGCCACAAGGGUCACGAUAGUGGCAGUAGCAGUGACGAUCAGGAUUCAUCUUCCCAAGAUGAUGAUUCUUCUCAAAGUGAUGAUCAUGAUUCAUCUUCCAAGGAUGAUGAUUCUCAAGAUAGCGAUAAUCAAGAUGAUUCCCAAGAUGAUGAUAACCAAGAUGACAGCCAAGAUAACGAUAACCAAGAUGAUGGCCAAGAUGUUGAUAACCAAGACGAUGGCCAAGAUGACAGCAAUAACGAUGACGAAUCGUCUUCCGAUGCACAAGCAUCAUCUGCAGAUGAUAAUGGUGAUGAUAAUGGUGAUGAUACUACUGGUCAAGACACCCAAGAUGAUGAAAGUGGUGAUGCUCAAGAUGAUGACAGUGGCGAUAGCCAAGAUGAUGGCUCUCAAGAUGAUGAAGGUGAUAAUGAUAGCUCUGCUGCUGAAUCGCGCGAUGUUGGUGAUUCAUCUGCCGAUAGCUCUCAAGAUAGCAGCGAUCCCUCUGGUGAUGAUUCUCAAGAUGCCACUGCUUCUGCCGAUGAUUCUCAAGAUAGCAGCGAUCCCUCUGGUGAUGAUUCCCAAGAUGCCACUGCUGCUGCCGAUGAUUCUCAAGAUGGCAGUGAUCCUUCCGGUGAUGAUUCUCAAGAUGCCACUGCUGCUGGUGAUGACUCCCAAGAUGGCAGCGAUCCCUCUGGUGAUGAUUCUCAAGAUGCCACUGCUGCUGCCGAUGACUCUCAAGAUGGCAGUGAUCCUUCUGGUGACGACCAAGGUGUUGCUGUUGCUGCUGGUGCAUCAUCAUCGGAUAGUGGUAGCAGUGAUCAAGAUGCCCAAGCUUCUGGUGCCGAUGAUGGCUCAUCAAGUGGUGAUGUGAGCACUGCUAGUGCCACUGGUGCCGAUGAUUCAAGCUCUUCAGAUGCCUCCUCCUCUUCCGAUAGCGGUUCUACAGAAGCUUCUCCAUCCGAAGAUGCAUCUGGAUCUUCUGAAUCAGAUGCUUCAGCAGCUUCUGCAAGUGGUGAUGCUACUACAAGUGAUGAUGCUACUGCUAGUGACGCCUCUGCAAGUGAUGAUGCUACUGCUAGUGAUGCCUCUGCAAGUGGUGAUGCUACUGCUAGUGAUGCCUCUGCAAGUGGUGAUGCUUUUGCUAGUGGUGAUGCUUCUGCUAGUGGUGAUGCCUCUGCUAGUGGUGAUGCUUCUGCUAGUGGUGAUGCUUCAUCCCCUACGGAUAGUGCAUCUGCAAGUGAUGCAUUUGGUUCAUCAGGUGUAAGCGCAAGUGAUUUCUCUGGAGCUUCAGCAACUGAUUCUUCAGCCUUGUCUCCAUCCUCAGCUGAUUCAUUUGGCUCAUCCUCAGCUGGUGGUUUGAGCCCUACUCUCUCGUCUUCAUCAUCCGAUGCUAGCUCAUCAUCGGCAUCAGCUUCAGGUAUUGAAGGUGCUCCUGCUGGAAGUGGUAGCUCGUAUUUGCGACCUGUCUUAUGCAGCAUUGCUGCCCCUGUUGCCCUUGCAGCCUUGAUUUUCAACUUGUAA